AUGGCUUUAUUUUUGGAACAGACUUGUGAUUAUGUUCAUAAAAUGAACGAAGACAGAGAAAUGGACUUUAUCUUCAACAAAAGCGAAGCCCGCUUUACAGAUGUUGUAAACCAUCACGCACUCUCUUCUCCGGAGGCAGAUCGCACCGCGCAACCGGAAGCACAGAGGAAACGGAAAAGGACGAUUUUCAGCCGCGCGCAAUUGUCGGAGCUGGAGCGCGCUUUUGUGAUCACUCCAUACCCCGACAUCACACUGCGGGAGAGACUCGCAGCUCUCACCCUACUGCCGGAGAGCAAAAUCCAGGUGUGGUUUCAGAACCGACGUGCUCGGAGCAUCAAGAGUGGCAGACUGACCAGACCCAUGAAGAAAAGUCCAGCCGCGUCUGGUUAUAACUCAGAAAUCGCCGUCCCUCAUCCAGGUCCCACUCUCCCAGUUUCUUCUGCUGUAGGUCAAAGGAACAGACCUGAAGUUUACCAACCGUCUAACACAAAUGACCAACAACAGAUUUCUGACCUGGACUGGGUGAGGCAAGCAUUAUGCCCUUGGUCUCAGAAUCUGCCCCAGCCUACCCCCCCAGUCCCGUCCAUAUCCCCUGACCUCCCAGGAGCACUCCAGUGGGCAAACCAGGCUUCAAAACCACCUGGAAGUCACUCUGUCUCAACAGAUCAGAUGGCAAGGUCAAUCCAUUCCUUACCCCAGCACCAGUGGAGUGAGUGCUUCUCGGCGAAACCACAGUGUCACAUUAAUCAGAGCGGGUAUUCGUCUGUUCCCAUGGACCAGGUAGUUCCUUCACAUGCUACACAAAGCUGCUGGCAGGGAAGCAUGCACAGACAGGGACAAGCCGUAAUGCACUACCCUCAGACUUCUCUAGGAGACAUCUCUGAUCUGAUCUACAAUGCUGCUGUAGUCACCAACCUGGCUGAUUUCUGA